AUGCUUUAUCCGAUCGAACAAUUUAUAGGUGAACUGACGUCAAUGUCACUCUGGUCGUCACUGUACCCUGCCAUUUCUUCUGAUCCGAGAUUUGAUGCGAUGCUUACGCAAGAUGGCUCAACACCUCUCGAUUUGUUCAAAUUCUAUGUGGAGGAUUUGAAAGAGCAAUAUGGACAAGAUCGACGAGUUAUCAAGGAUAUAUUGAAUGAUCAAAAGAAGGUCGUUCAGGUUGAUACAACUUACGAAGAAUUCUCGAAAUGGGUUACUUCGGCUGAGAAAGGACUUUUGGUAGAUCAUGGGAACAUGAAAUUGUGCUAUAACUCGCUCGUCGAGAAGGCGGAGUCAAAGGAAAGAGAAGCCGAAAGAGAGGAAGCUAGAAAGAAGCGGCGUCAAGAAAGCGAGUUCCGUCAUCUCCUUCGGGCGCAGCAGCCGGCUGUCGAUGCCACCACUGAAUGGUCAGCCGUACGUGGCAAGAUCGAGAAGGAGAAGGCUUUUAUGAUUAUUGAAUCGGAAGAGCUUCGCAUCAAAUACUUUGAAGAGUACAAAAAAUCCCUCAGCGAAGCUUGCACUCAUCAUCACUCGGUGUCCAAGAAAAAGAAGAAAGACAAGAAGAAGAAAGGAAAGAAAAGCGAUAAGGAGUCAGACAGUGAAAGCGAGCCAAAAGAAAAGAAAAAGCGAAAGAAGCAUUCAAAAGAGGAAAGAGACAGUGAUGAUGAGAAAGGUAUGGUUUGUAAGUGUUAGAU